CUCAUAUCAUUUUUAGUUAUUAUGUUACACUAUAGUAAGUGUAUUUAAAACCUAAAAUAGUUGUGCAUUAACGGAAUAUUUUUACUAGAUAUGUUUAUAAAAACAAUUAGAAACAAAACCAGUAAUAAAUAACUUCAACUUUUGAUACGUAUUGCAUUGCAGCGUGAACGCGUGACGUCACCAGAGCUACUUUGACCCGACUGCUUACACAACAGUACUUAAGGAAGUAGGUGAAAGGUUCAUGGAAUAAACUGUAAAACAAUUUCCUCAAUGCUGAACUAUCAAUUUUAAAAAUAAAAAUUGCGAUUCUUAUGUAUUAGUAAAUGGUCAGCUCAAAAGCUGGUUGAAUGUAGUAAAGUCAUAAUAAUGUAGAAAAAUGGGGAUACAAACAAGACUGAGACAGAUUUUCAGUACUGUAUUGUGAGGGAGCUAAUCCAUAACUUUUCAGAUGUAUUUGUAAAGCAUCUUAAUAGAAAUAUAACGAACUGGCUUUUAUUGACAUAAAAGUAUGGACUUUGUUUAAACAACAGCCAAGACCGGUACAACCAGUAUUAAAAAAGAAAAUAAAAAAGAAACAGGUUCAACUACGGCUAAGCGAUGAGAUGAGGGUGUUUUUACUUACUUAUUUAUUAUUAUUAUUAUUAUUAUUAUUAUUAUUAUUAUUAUUUGCAUCGGGCGGGGUGGUUACUUAAUACAGCAAAUACAUGUAUUCAAAAUCUCACAUCUCCCAAGUUUAAUCAUUUACCUGAGCUCAUUGUGUGAUCUAGUACGUGUGCGUGGAGUUUGGAAUCUGACCCCCACUCCAUCUAAAGACAAACUAUUUAUUGCUGUCGAUCUGUGAGAGGCUGUCUGCUUUGUAUUAGCUUAAUUCUGAAAACGUCAGUUACUCCAGGGUUUGUUUUAAAUGAGCUGCUAGAUAGUUGCAAUAAUUUGAAAUCCAAUAACCCUAAAUAUGCUAAGGCUAAAUCUGAUUUUCAUCUGCAUAUUUUUUAUUCAAUUUUCUGCUGCUGCUAAAGUUUCAGACCAAACGUCUGGACCAAGACUCAACAAUGAAAAACUGUACAAGUACAGCUAUGCUGCUGAGGUGCUGUUGGACAGAGCCAAAGGGACGGCCGAGGAAAGCACAGGUUAUAGGAUUUCAACCAGCGUCAACGUCAACUUAGUUUGGAGAAAUCCAAGCAAUAAAGAUGAGCAGCUCAUCAAAAUAUUGAUGAGUGACGUCAAGAUUGAAAAUGUGAACAAACGUGACGACAAGAGAAACAUCUUCCUGGGGUCGUCUGCAAAAAGCAUCCUGGGAAAAGACAAUCUGGCAGCUCUAGAAAAACCACUAAUCCUUCACUUGAACUUUGGAAAGGUCAAACGCUUGUAUUCCUAUCAGAAGGAACAUGCAGUUAUUAGGAACAUCAAGAGGGGUUUGGUCAGCCUCUUUCAGUUGCAGCUCAGCUCUGGCAGGGGGGAAGAGGAGGAUGUGUCUGGAAAGUGCAAAGUUAAUUACCAGAGUCGUCAAAACCAGGUGACUCGAAUCAAGGAACUGGACAGCUGCAAGACUGCUGACACAGGCUUCACAAGUCACAGCAAGGUAUUGGGAGUUAGCAGCAAGUCCACAUCAGCCACUGUUUUUACACUGGAGGAUGGAUUCAUCAAAUCGGCACACUCCGAGGAGAAUCACCUUCUGUCUUUGAAUGUGCGACAGGCUAUCGCAGCCAAAAUUGUAUCAAAACAAAUGUUGCAGCUGGUAAAGAUUGAAGCUGGACCCAAAGAAACAGCUGGAAAAGAAGUGAAGAGCAUUAUCAAGACUUUGGACCCAAAGUAUGUGUCCAUUCCCCUGGCAGCUGAAACAGUCAAAUCAGAAUGCAAAGGCUGCCCCACUCUCUGGGAGCACUGGCAGUCAGUCAGUAAAGAAUUUGAACCCAAGAGCCUCUCCAAUUCCACAGCCGCCAGAAAAUUCCUCUCCCUGAUCCGGACUAUGAGGAAAGCACAGAAGGAGGAGAUCCUGCAGGUGCUCAGAAGUGCAAGCAGCUCUGUCCUCCCUCCAUUAGUGGACGCAGUUACCUCAACUCAAACCUUGGCCUCGCUAGAAGCUAUCCUGGAGUUCCUUGAUUUCUCCGAUGAGGAGGGUCUUGUGUUACAGGAGAGGUUCCUCUAUGCCUGUGGCUUUGCUUCUCACCCCAAUGAGGAAAUGCUAAAAGCAUUGAUGGGCAUACGGAAUGGGAAAAUUAGCAGCAAUGACAUCAAGGAGUCUGUUGUAAUUAUCAUGGGAGCCCUUGUUAGGAAGCUUUGUCAGAAGGGAGGCUGUGAGCUUCCAGCUGUUGUGGAGACAAAGAAGUUGAUUUUAGAGGGCCCAGACAGCACUGAGGUGGAGUCGGAGAUCCAGAUGUACCUGCUGUCUCUGAAGAAUGCACUCUUACCUGAGGCUGUCCCUCUGUUGACAAAGUAUUCCGAGUCAGGAAGCGGGACCAUCAGCAGUAUUUCCAUCGCAGCCCUCCAGAAGUAUGAUGUUUCCUUGAUAACAAAAGAGGUCAAGAAGACCCUGAACCGAAUCUAUCACCAGAACCACAGAGUCCAUGAGAAGACUGUCAGGACAGCUGCAGCGGAUCUCAUUUUCAGCAGCAACCCCACAUACAUGGAGGUGAAAAACCUGAUGCUCUCCAUUGGAUCCCUGCCUCACGAAAUGAACAAGUACAUGCUCUCCAAGGUCCAGGAUAUCUUGCAUUUUGAAAUGCCAGCAAGUAAAGUGGUUCGGCAAGUGAUGAGGAACAUGAUUGCUUACAACUAUGACCGUUUCUCCAAAGUGGGAUCAUCGUCUGCUUUCUCUGGCUACAUUACACGUGAUCCGGACACGACUGCCACCUACAGUUUGGACAUCCUUUAUUCAGGCUCUGGUAUCCUGAGGAGAAGUAACAUGGACAUCAUGACUUUCAGCAAGGACACCCAGCUUCAUGCAAGCCAGGUUGUGAUUGAAGCUCAGGGUCUGGAAUCGCUGAUCGCAGCCACUGCUGAUGAGGGGGAGGAGGACCUGGAGUCCUUCUCAGGGAUGUCUGCUGUGCUCUUUGAUGUGCAGCUCAGGCCAGUCACCUUCUUCAAGGGUUACAGCGACCUCAUGUCCAAGAUGUUCACAGCAACGGGGGAGCCCAUUAAUGUGGUCAAGGGUCUCAUUCUGUUGGUGGACCACUCACAGGUGAUCCAGUUACAGUCCGGGCUGAGGGCCAGUGCAGAGUUCCAGGGAGGGCUGGCCAUUGACAUUUCAGGUGGCAUGGAGUUCAGCCUCUGGUACAGAGAGUCCAAGACCAGUGUCAAUAACAAGGGAGCCAUGGUUGUAACUGGCAAUGUUACAGUGGAUAUGGACUUUGUUAGAGCUGGAGUGGAAGUCAGCUUUGAGACUGAAGCUGCACUGGACUUCAUCACAACAGUGAAAUUUUCACAGUACCCGUUUUUGGUGUGCAUGCAGAUGGAAAAAGCUCAGUUUCCAUUCAGACAAUUCCUGACCAAGUAUGAAAGCCUGGCUUCUGGAAAACACUACAUCUCCCGUAAAGGCAGGAGAGAAAUUGUGCCUGGUUCAGAAUUCCCUCUCCAUCAGGAAAACUCCAACAUGUGUAAGAAAGUGUUUAGUGAAGGGUCAGACUGGUAGUGAUACAAAGAGAAAACGCCGGAAGAGUGGCAUAGGGCUGGCAAGCCGCUUUAGUAACUAGUGAAUUAAGAUGUACACUAUUCAAACGAUGUACAUGCAGUGUUUACAUAUUUACAGCUAUUUAAAACUUUUGUAAAGUAAAAGAAAUAUACAACACAUUGAUAUGGGAAACAUUUAUUCUGUUUCCUAUAGUUUGAGACCUCACAAAAAGAGAUGACCAGUCUUAAACUACACAACAGUGCUGUAUGUAAAAAAUAAAAAUAAAAAAGGCUUUCUAACUCCUAAGUAGUUUAACUUUAUGAGUAAUACCUGACAUUCCCCUUUUGCUGUGCAUCAUGUGGUCAGAUUUUAUAUAUAUUUUCAUUUUGUAUUAUUUGUUGGUAGGUCUGUGGAAAAACAAGGGUUUUGUAAACCUGUUUUUUUUUUUUUUUUUUAAAUAAAUAUUAUGGUGCUGUGUUGGUUAGAAUCUCAACUCAGUGCAGCUUCCUUUUUUUAAAAGUUGUCUACUGUAGGAUCAUCUUUGUCAAAAAGAAAACACAGUAAACUAAGUUUUCUAAGUGAAAGUCCGAAUUUUAAGUUUCGAUGAGUAACAGUGGAUUUUGUCAUAUUUAUUUUAAUAUUGUAUGUUAAUCCACUGUUAUAAACAGAUUCAAAUCUUGAAUCCUUAAAACAUUUCAAAUGAAAUCAAACUUUAAAGAAAGAAAGAAAAAAAAAGAUAAUCCUUCACUGAAAAUAAAACACGUUGCUUAUUUGUAACUGAUCUAGCCUUUUUUUGAUCUGCAAGAAUGUUUUCUCCCCUUUUCUUUUCCUGUUUCUUAAAGUGACUGUUCAAAAUGCCAAUGACGACCUGAUUUAUGACAUGGUGUUUUUACAGAGAUUGUGUUAUGCCCUUAACAAUUGGUAUGUGUAGUCACAGGUGUGACCCAAGAAUGCCUAUGUUUUUAAAAAUGUUUAGCUUUCUUGAAUGUGUUUACAUCCACACUAUUGGCACUAUGUACAUUUGAGAAGUUCACACUGUUAUUUAUUUCUGAUACACUUGAAUAGUGAUAGAAAGCAUGGUGGCACAUGUAUAAUAUUGUUUGAUUACCCUAUUGAUGUAGUUAUUGGGUAUAAACUGUAACACCGUACAGAAACUGUGCCUUCGUGUUGACUGGGAUAGAAUUAUUAAAUUAAUUGUGUGGUACGCUUUAGUUAUGUAUUUGAACUCCUCACCAUGGUAAUACAUUUUUGUGGACAAUAUGGGGAGGGGACAAACAAUAUUGGAAUUACAUUAUUCAGAUUCCCAGUGUGCUGGUUGCUAUUAUGACUGAACCAGGUCAUUUUUUAAAAUUAGCCUUGAAGAAUGGAGGUGUUUUUUCAGAUUACAAAGUUAGAUUCCUGCAUCCCGGUUGAUUUUUAGCAUCGUCAGGAUUAACUUUACUGUGAUGCUGACCAAAUUCUAUUUAUUAUUAUUUUUCACAAAGAACAUUACUGAAUUAUGGUGAAGCUGACAUUGCGAAAGAUUAGAUAGAAUAGAUAGGCACUGUAGAUAGAUGGGGUGGGAAAGACCUCAAAAUAAAAUGAUUGCCCUGGUAAGAUGCAGCAUUUUAGCAAUUUCAUUAUUUUCCAGUUGUUUAUACCAUGUUAUAUUUCUUUCAGGUACUUUAUGUACAUUUGUUUUUCUCUCCAUUUUUAAGUGAGACAUUCCCUUAUUCCAAGUGUAAUCAGGAAAUAAAGGAACAAUUGAGUGUUGUGUGA